AGUCUAUAUACACAAAUUUGAUAAAUUUUUUACUAAAAAAAUAUAAACAAACGGCUCUCUUCUGUGGCUGAAAGAGCUGACCCCAUCUUAAAAAUUCCCCUCUCCACCAGUUUUCCCAAUUCCGAUAAAAAUAAAAAUCAAAAAUCAAAAUCCCAAGAUUUAUUGCUCAAGCAGCAGGAAGCACCCAUUUGUGUGUAUAGCGUUAAUAGGAGAGAAAAAAGCAAAGCUAAAAAUCAUAAAAAAUUCUCUGCGAGUCCACCGAUUAAAUCUGAAAUCUCGAAUCGGCUGAUCGGACGGCAAGCGUCAUCCGAUGGGGGACUCGCCGGGAGAAUCAUUAGCUGGCGCCAGCGAACUUUCGAGGCUUGUGGAGCAAGCAAAGGAGUUGCAGGAGGCGGCGGCGUCGCUCAUCUCCCGCACCUCCCGCGAAGAGGAUGCGCUCCGCCAGCGCGUGGCGUCGCUUGAUUCUCGCAUCAACUCGCUGCGCAGCUCCAAACACGACGACACAUUGGAGGAUGAGUUGGUGAGAGCCAGAUACGUGUUGAGUGAAGGAGAUGCGGCGGCGUAUCUUCCGAGCAAAUCUCACGGAAGAUUUUUGAGGAUGUUUUUGGGACCGAUUAAUGUGCGGGCAAAUAGGAAGGAUGUGCAGUUGAAAGUAAAAGAAGAAUACAAUAACUUCAGAGAUAGAACGUCGUAUCUGUUCCUGUUUUUGCCGUCUUUGCUGCUAGUGCUGAGGUCUUGGAUUUGGGAUGGAUGCUUACCUGCAUUGCCAGUUCAACUUUACCAGGCAUGGUUGCUGUAUCUCUACACAGGUUUGGCCUUGAGAGAAAACAUCUUGCGAGUUAACGGAAGUGAUAUACGUCCAUGGUGGAUUAAACACCAUUAUUGUGCUAUGGCUAUGGCUCUUAUUAGUCUUACUUGGGAGAAUGAGAGAGGACCUGAUUGUGCUCAGAAACAGAGAGGCGUUGAGCUGUUUCUACGAUGGGCUAUCAUGCAAGGAGUUGCAAUGAUUCUUCAGAAUAGAUAUCAGAGGCAAAGACUUUAUACACGUAUUGCACUUGGCAAGGCAAGAAGAAUGGAUGUUGUUUGGGGGGAAACUGCUGGAGUGGAGGGUCAGUUAUUGCUGCUGUGUCCUAUACUUUUUGUACUGCAGGGUUUCGAAGCCUAUGUCGGUGUCUUGUUGCUUAAAACGGCACUUGCUGGAUUCAGUACAGAUUGGCAGGUUAUUACGUGCGGGAUUGUAUUCAUAAUCAUGGCUGUUGGGAAUUUCGCUAACACGGUGCAGACUCUGGUGACCAAAUCUAAGGUGAAGGCAAAAAUAAAGAAAGGUAAAAGCAGGCAAGAAUUAAACCACGGAUCUGGCAAUAAGAGCUUAUGAUGAAGAGGAGGGCUCUCAUUGGUAAUAACGGUAAGGAAGGCUUAAUUUACUCAGUUUGUAUCUAGCAACGGGAUUUUGACCUUUGUGCAUGGGGGCUGUUGACUGCUUUCUGACACUGACAUAUUUCAAGAGUUUAGAGGUUGACUUAUUGUCCUAUACCAAAUCUCGUGUUACUUAUGAUAUACACGUUCUAAUUUGUUAAGAGUUUUUACUUGUAUAAACGUCGCCCCGUGUACAAUUAUUUUCCAUAAUUUUAUUUAACGAAGCUUUGAAGAA